AUGGCCAAGCGGCCGCGUCCAAGUGCCUCACAAGAGGAUCUCCAAGAAAGGGAUGAAGCGAUUGACGGGAAAUUGUUGCGCUAUCAAAUAGCACAGCUUGGUGCUUCCUUGCAAGCUCGACAGGAGGAGCUGCAGAGGCUGCAGAGCCGGGUGGAAACCCUAGAGCGGGAACUGGCAGAGCAUGAUGUUGCGCAAAAGCCCGAGCUUCGGCCCGAAUGGGAGCCUCUUGUCCAGGCUGCAGUGGCUGCGAGGAAGGUAGAGCGUCUCGAGCAGGACCUCGAGGACGCCCGCCAACAGCUCACGCAACAGCGGCGUCUUCUCGUUCGUUUAGAGUGCGGAGUCUCUGUUACCGGUACCAGCACUGCGACUGAUCAAGCACCUGUUCCCAAGCCAGACUCGUCACCUGCUUCGGAGCAGUCGUCAGCGCCGGAACGCAACGAUACGCUAGCGGGCACUGCGGCCGCAGAGGCGCCAUCGUCGACCUCCGCUGGGCCUCAGCAAGUCGACACAAAGCAGGUAUCCGUCCUACAGUCCCAGGUAAAUGAACUGGAAACAAGGAUUAGUCUUUUGGCAGAGGAACUCGCACAGGAGCGUGAACUCGCUCGAGCCGUUCGCGAACAACUCGAGAGCAGCGCGCGGGAGAAAGCGGAACUAGCGAGUGCACUCCAGGUCGCCCAGGAGCAGGCACAGAACCCAGAGCCAGAGGUUAUUCGGGCGUCGGCCACCUACAAGAGCAUGGAGGCCCAUUUACUGAUUCUUCUGCGGGCUGAACAGAAAUGGAGUCAGGAUCGGGAAGCGCUUGUCCGCGAACGCGAUGAGCUCUUGAUUCGCGCUAACCAGGAACAAACAGUCGAGAAGCGAGAGCUCCUUAGCGAGAUCGAGAAGCUCAAAGCAAAAAUAAAUGAGAAGAACACGGAAACGGAAUGGCUGAAGGAGAAUGUAGCCAAACUACAGAUGAUGUACGAGGAGAAGAAAAAAGUCGCUGUUGAUCCCGUGGUUCUAGACGAGACCAGCAGAGCUGUACGCCAACUGCAGGAACGGAACGCGGAUCUCAGCACGAAAUUACAGAGCAUACGGACAGCCGAAGCGAUCGAGACCUUGUCGUCCAGCUUGACCAAGGCGGAGGCCUCCAUCGCACAACUCACGGAACGCCUUAUCGAGAAAGAAGCAACCCUAGGCAAAGUGCUCGCGGAAAGGCUCAAAUACAUUCAGCAGCAACUGACGUUAAAGGAGCAGCUGAAAGUGGAAGCGAAUCGCGCCGAGAAAGAACACGAGCUCUCGCAACAAAUCAGCCAUGCAUUGACUGCAGCACGGAAUCAGGUGUCCGAGCUGCAGAGCCAGUUGGAGAAAAUGAGUAGCGAAAUGCGUAUUGUUCGCAAGCAAGCCGACAUCGCCCGCCUCGGCGCCGAAAAGAGCGCGGCGGAAGCGUAUACCCAGCGGCAGUUUGCCGAGUCCGCCCAAUCGCAGGUAAGACGCCUCAGUGGAGAACUGGCUCAGCUUCGUGGUCAGAUCGAACAGCAAACAGAGGCGCUGCGUGCUGCAGACGAAGCGAAAACGCGUAGCGAACGACGCGUGUCGCGGCUGGAGCACGAGCUCGAACUAUUACGCAAGCGCAACGCUGCAACGAGCGCUAGCGAUGUCGACUGGCAACACGAAAUGAUCGAAGAUAUGCGACGCAAGCUCUACUGCACCGUCUGCAAAGCUCAGGAGAAACAGGUUACACUGCUUCGCUGUUUUCACAUGUUCUGUCGGGAUUGCAUUCAAACGAAUAUCGCGAAUCGAAAUCGCAAAUGCCCGUUAUGUGGCGAAAAAUUCGGCACCGACGAUGUGAAACCGAUCUUUUUCGUCUGA